AAAUUUAGACCAAUAGAACAUUCCAAAGCCUUUAUACUUAAAUUCUCUUCAUUUCCCCAAUUUCCCCUCUUUUUCUCUCUCCUCCUCCAUCACCUUCCUCUCAAAUCCUCCCUCCUAAACUCUGCUAAAUCAGAAUCUUCGCUUCCUUUUACCCUCAUUCUUCGCUUUUCAUUCAUCUCCACACGCCAUUAACAAACUCCAAUUGAACUUAGACACAGAUUAUUGAACGAUUUAAAAGAGAGAAGCACAAUCGUCGUUGACUGAAAACUUUUCCGAAAUUCGAUCAUUGUGAUUUUUUUUUGAGUUUCCGCCAUUUUUUUUUAAUUGUGCAAUACCUGUGAUUUCAUCUUGAAUUUGGUGUUUCUUUGACGGAAUUUGGAGUUUAUUCGGGUAUGAGGUUAGACGGAGUAGAGAUCAAAGAAAUCGAGUAUGAAGAGGAGACAGAAGGUGGUGAAGAAAUGAAUUCAGUUUCAAAUUCGGAUUCUCUGUCGACUAAUUUAGGGUUUUCUCGGCAAGUUGUUGUUGGUUACGCGUUAACGACGAAGAAAAGGCAGAGUUUCUUGCAACCUAAGUUUGAAGUCAUUGCUCGAAAUAAAGGGAUUAUACUUGUUCCCAUCGACCAACAUCGGCCGCUAGCAGACCAAGGUCCUUUUGACAUUGUUUUGCAUAAGCUAUUGGGCAAUGAAUGGAGCCAGGUUCUUGAAGAUUUCAGACUCAAGCAUCCAGAUGUAAUGGUUCUAGAUCCUCCUUAUGCAAUACAAUGUGUGAGAAAUCGACAGUCCAUGCUUGAAGAUGUUGCUGCUUUGGACUUGGCUGAUUCUUAUGGUAGAGUAUGUGUGCCUAAACAGCUGGUUAUCGAGAAAGACCCUACAUUGAUUCCUGCUGAGGUUGCUAAUGCUGGAUUGAAACUUCCAUUAGUGUCAAAACCAUUGUUUGUGGAUGGAAGUGCGAAGUCACACGAACUCUUCCUUGCUUAUGAUAAUGUGUCUCUGUCGAAGCUUGAGCCUCCAUUGAUUCUUCAGGAGUUUGUUAACCAUGGUGGUGUCAUGUUUAAAGUCUACGUGGUUGGAAAUUCUAUAACAGUUGUAAGGCGAUUCUCUCUACCAGAUGUCUGCAAGCGAGAGCUCUCCAAGUAUGCUGGGGUUUUCCAGUUUCCAAGGGUUUCAUGUGCUGCAGCAAGUGCUGAUGAGGCAGAUCUGGAUCCCGGUGUUGCUGAGCUUCCUCCAAGACCGAUGCUUGAGAGACUUGUUGGGGAGCUUCGCCGUCGAAUGGGGCUUCAGCUGUUCAAUAUUGAUAUUAUCCGUGAGCAUGGGACAAGAGAUCUAUUCUACGUAAUUGACAUUAAUUACUUUCCUGGUUAUGGAAAAAUGCCUGGAUAUGAAAACAUAUUUGCUGAUUUCCUGGUGGGUCUUGCGGACAGUAAACAGCGGAAGCAGCUUCAUUAGUAAGUUCAGAGGUUAAUGACGCCAUUUGGCAUUUAACCUGCGUACAGCUUUUGGCCGUUCCAUGGAAAAGUUGAGUACUACAACAUGUCAUGAUAUUGGGUUUUUCUAAUUGCUAAGAUUGCUUUACUGGUAUGAAUGAGACCCUCUGCAAAUGCUUUAGCUUUUUUAUAACAGUUAAAGCAUUUAUUAAGGUUCAUAUGCUGUAAAGCAAAUAAGCAAUCUUGUUGAUGUAAAUAUGCAAUCAGGUCAUAAGGGGGACUUUGAUCGUGAUUUCUGGUGGAAAUUUGGGGUUAUAAUGGCUGAAUGCAAUUACAAGUGAAGCUAUGUAGUUCAUCCUCCAAUCAUCCUUCAUUUGAUUUUUCCUUUUUAGAUUCUUGAUUCAAUCUAAUCCUAGCAACUUAGAAAAUAAAGUUCAUAUCUCUUGUCUAUAACUUGAGUUAAUAAUUUGGUUGGUUUCGUUUUUUGUACUUUAACAGACUCCAAGUGGAUGUUUCAGAAUCCUUUUGAUUGUUUUGGCAGGCUAAUAUUAGUCUUUGAAGUGUUUGUAUUUUAAUUUUUAA